AUGGUCCAGCUCUGGCUCCGUCUCUGCAUCUGCCUCCAGAUCCCAGGUUUCUGUACAAAUCUACUUUUAUCCCAGACUCCGGAGCGUAUUUUAUCCCAAACUAACGGUAAAACAGAAAUCCUCUGUGAGCUGAAGAAUGAGUAUGCUGGGGUGUACUGGUACCGCUGGAGCCAGGAGAGGCAAAAUUUUGAGUUCUUGAUAUUUUCUAACCUGUUGGGCAAAGCCACCUACGGUGCAAACAUCAACCAGGACAAGUUUAGUGUCCAUAGGGCGAGUUCCCACAAAUUCUACAGCCUGCACAUCAGCCACCUCCACGCGUCGGACAACGGCACCUAUUACUGCUCCGUCUUCCAGUCCUCCCAGCUCCUCCUGGGCAGUGGAACACAGCUCAGUGUGGUUGAUUUUCUGCCUCUGCCUCCCAAGACCACUCAAGCACCACUCUCCACAAAGCCUGUGCGGUGCGUAACCGAAAGCAAAGCAACCAGCAAAAAAGGUGCCUGCAGCCCCCUGGUCUGGGUCCCCCUGGCCACCGGCAUCCUGGUCCUCCUGCUGAGCUUGGUCCCCACCGCCUACCGCCUCCACCGUCUGCAGCGGAGGCUGUGGCUUCGCAUCCACAGGCAGUAA